UUCCUUGUCAUUGAUGUUGUUGUUCUUGUCAGUGCCGCAGCCCCGACCGCCGGGAGCUCGAACCCGAGCCGGGGCCGCCCGGGUGCCGCGGUGGCGGCGGCAGCGGCUGCGGCUGCAGCAGCUGCGACGGCUGCGGGGGCUGCUCCGGGGACUGCGGGGACGGCCGGGGGCUGGCAGGCGGCGGCGGGGCCGGAUGGCUCUGUGCGGGCAGGCGGCAGGCGCCGCGUCGCUGCCCAGCGAGCUGAUCGUGCACAUCUUCUCCUUCCUGCCCGCGCCUGACCGGCUGCGGGCCUCGGCUUCCUGCUCGCACUGGCGCGAGUGCCUCUUCUACCCUGCUCUGUGGCCCCAGCUCCGCAUCUGCCUCCGCGUUUCCCCCGCGGAGCAGCCUCGGCUCGAAUUCCUCAUGCGCAAGUGCGGCUGGUUCGUGCGAGAGCUGCGUGUUGAGUUCGCCGCCGAGAAUUACCUGAGCGGUGGCGGCGGCCCAGGCGACGGAGGCGGCGCGGAUCCUGGGACUGGCGGGGAAGAAGUCGAGGCCCUGCAGCUCUCAACCCGUUGGCUGGAAGUGCUGCGCACCUACUUAGAGCUGGUACUGUGCGUGCUGGUCAGCAUCCGGAACAACAGGAACCUCCAGAAGUUUAGCCUUUUUGGAGACAUAAGUGUUCUACAACAGCAAGGAAGUUUGUCAAAUACAUACCUCAGCAAGGUGGACCCUGAUGGCAAAAAAAUUAAACAAAUUCAGCAGCUGUUUGAAGAAAUACUGAGUAAUAGUAGGCAACUGAAAUGGCUGUCCUGUGGGUUUAUGCUGGAAAUAGUAACCCCAACCUCACUGUCAUCUCUCUCAAACUCUAUUGCCAACACCAUGGAGCACCUGAGUUUGCUGGACAACAAUAUUCCUGGUAACAGCACCCUGAUCACCACAGUCGAACUGGAGCGAUUUGUGAAUCUACGCUCACUUGCCCUGGAUUUCUGUGACUUUACAGCCGAGAUGGCAAGAGUCUUAACCGAUAGCAACCAUGUGCCUUUGCAGCGACUGUCUCUCCUGGUCCACAACGUUUCCGUGAUGCACAAGUCUCUGGACAACAUGCCAAAUGAUGAGCAUUGGAAAGCCUUGUCACGAAAGAGCACCAGCCUCCGGGUCUAUAUAAUGGCCUUUGAUAUCAAGAGUGAAGAUAUGUUAAAGAUUCUGAAACCCAGUAUACCACUAGAGAGGAUUCAUUUUGACAGCUACAUCACUUGUGUUUCAGGAGCUAUUGUUGAUCUUAUAUCCAGGCAGUAUGAUAAGUUCCUCACUCAUUUUAUAUUAAUGAAUGAUGUGAUUGACACGUCUGGUUUUCCAGAUCUUAGUGACAACCGAAAUGAAGAUCCAUUGGUUUUAUUAGCAUGGAGGUGCACAAAGCUCUCUCUUCUGGCAAUUCACGGUUAUACAGUGUGGGCACACAACCUCAUUGCCAUUGCUCGUCUUCGUGGCUCUGAUCUAAAAGUACUUGAAGUCACUGAAGAAAGCAUUGAUUUUGACCAAGGUGAACUGGCCGACCAGGAUGUGGAUCCAGUGCAUAACCUUAUUGAGCAGGUAUCCCUGGGCCUGGGUCAACCUUGGCACGCGGUCAUGGACAUCGAAUCACUCAGUGUCUUCACUGAACCAAAUCGUCAUUUUUACAGAGAGAUGCAAAGCUUCAGCGAAGACAUUUAGCUUUUUUUAAAAAUGUACAAUUCCUGUGGUUACAUAUGCAAGUAGGGUCCUAUUAUGUUUUUUUCAGUAGUGUGAAUUAAUCCCUUUGUGCUGUGUUUAAUCAGUAUUAGCUUUAUAGAAUUAUAUAUGUAUAUUCUACUUCUUGAUCAAAGAACGUAGUCGGGUAUUGGUUUAGAAGUUCAAAGUGAUAGUGUAUAGGGCUUUCACGGUUAAUGGACUUGUUAUCCAACCUUAAGGAUAUACAACCGAAGGUUGUCUGAGGUUGCUGGCUAACUUUAUUUUUCACUGAGUUACUCUGCCUUUUGAUGUUUUUAUUCUUUGUGUGUCAGAGUUCAGAGCUCAGGAGCCAAAAUAUUUUUAUACAUAUAUAGAUAUAUAUCCAUAGCCUGGUGGAUUUGUAUGCAAUGCACCGCAUUCAUGCAUUGUGACAGCAUUUCAUUAAUUCUUAUUUGAAAUGGAAGAAGGGAGGAUAGUAUGAUCCCAAAUGAGUUAUCUUUAACAGAAAAGCCAAGACUUUAACUUUCAUUACAUAUAUAAUAGUUGAUAUCACCAAUUACCAUCCAGAAUUUUGUAUAGUACUAGGUUAGAACACUGCUUAAUCCUUUUUUUAAAAAAAUGCAUUUACCUAAAUGUGAAUACUCAAAUUGUUAGACUUUUUAAAAACUAUAUCUGACAUAAUUUAUUCAUCAAUUACAUUAUACAUUCAAGUUAGCUUUUUAGCCCAGAUUUCAAAUAGUGGAGGAAGAAACUGUAUUCCAGGGUAAAACCUCCUAAAGCAAAAUCUUUAAAAAACAGAGCUGUAAACACACAUGCUUGCAAACAAACAUUAGUCGUGAAAUCCCUAGCAACGAGUCACUGGAUUUUUCUCUGUCAGCGCGCGUGUCAGCUGCCAAAGAAUAGACUUAACUGAAGAAGUGCCCACAUGCUGGCAGGGGCCGGCCCACUCUGGCCAGCCAGAUACUGCUAGAUUGUAAUAUUUAAGGUCGAAUUUCGACCUGUGGUACACAGCUGUGCUGUGGCUCAGUCAGCAACCUCAGAACUCUGAAAAAAACAAAACAAAAAAAAGAAAAAAAAACCAUGCACCUGUUUCACUGUGAAUAGUGAAUGUAAAGGAAAGAAAGGAAAAACUGAAAACUUGUUCUAUCACAGGUAUGAGCUGCUAUGAUACAUGAAGAACAUUCCAUGAAGUAUGUUUUAAAACCUUGUUAUAUCUGAGAGGCUUUAAAAGCCGAUUUAACUGUUUCAGGGCAACCGCGGUACAGACGUGGUCUCUGUGAGACUUCCACCUGACCCCAGUUUUAAGUGGUACGAAUGUUGUGCAUUUAAUGUUAAAGGACAGUCUGCAAUAAUAAAGUAAGUAGCCAACGUGGGUGCCCAGCAGUGCUGAGACCUGGCUGCUCUAUUGUAAGCUUUGGAAACACAAUUUAUGCAACAGAUGUCCAGAUAUGAUUCUAUUUAUGGAAAAAGUUUAUAUGUAUUUUACAAAUGGUUUUACCAUCUUAUAUUAAAAUGACCUUUUGACAGGUGUGCACUGUUUUGUCUCCAGUGAGCACAUACCAUGAGGAUUUUAUAUGUACAUCAGUAGUGUGAAUCCACUGGCACAGUGUGUGUAAAUGCCAGAUGUGGUGAGAUUUUAUCUUAUAAAUGUGAUCGGAUAAAAUAAAUCCUGACAGAAACUGUAAGGAAACCAGCUGAAUGUUUGACCUGAUGACUGAUGUUGUAUGGUUUAUGUUAAAUGUAUAUUCUUUUAAUCAACGAAUAAAGCAUUAAAAAGUGA